AUGACGCCUCUCCCGGAACAACAUCCCAUGGACCAUGAUGAUGACGAUGAAGCCAUCGAUGUCGAUGAUGACUCUUUCGCGAUGAGCAACACAUUCGAGAACGAGGGCCUGGCUGAUGGUAACGAUGCCUCGGCAGAAGAACGGCGCAAUCUUGCUCGAACGGAGACUCGUCGAGUCUUUGUCCUCAAGACGGUCAUCUUUGUGGUGUUGAUUCUAGCUACCAUUGCCACCUCGGUGGCUGUGUUUUCGUAUGCUCGAUCCGAAGAAGACGCGGACUUUGAGCAUGAGUUUGAAUCCCAUGCCACCAAGGUCUUUCAAUCCUUCCAUGGGGCCGUCUAUCGCAAGUUGGGCGUUCUCGAUACCUUCUCCACAAGCAUCACUCUGUUUGCGCUCGAGAAUAACUUGACAUUUCCCUUUGUAACCUUGCCAUUCUAUGAGCUACGGGGGCAAGCGACGCGUGCCUUGGCGGAAGGCAUUCGUUUGGAUUACAUGCCAUUGGUCACGGACGCGCUUAGGCCAGUGUGGGAAGAGUAUGCCCAGCAGAACCAGGGAUGGCUCGACGCAGCAGUCAAACAAGAUGCAGAGCUCCGACGAAGACAGGAUGAACGCUUUGGGAUCGAGACGGUGGAGGUUGAACCCGAAGGAAACACAGCUGCUCCAGAACCUGUUGCUGCUACAAAUGUCAAUAGCUCCAUGGUUGUUGUCGAGACAAGCGCUCUCUUUGCCACCGGAUCCAACAACUACAAUGACCGCAUCUACGGCAAGUUUGGGAAAAUGGUCACCAAAGUGGAAGAAGAAGGCGCAGGGCCGUUCCUUCCCAUUUGGCAAGUCUCACCCGCAACACCUACCAAGGGCAUUCUUAACUUCAACCUUCUUCACUCCAGUACAGGAGGAACUCUCCGUGCUACCUUGGAGACACACAAGGCAGUCUUGGGGGAAGCACUGGCUUUGAAGGACCCCAACGACAAGUCGGGAGGUGCCUGGAACGCCAACUUUCUAAAGACUCUGCAACGGGGACAGUACCGCCACAUGUUGGACGACCUAGAGGGUGAUCCCAGCAGUAACUUCGUGUAUCCAAUCUUUGAUACGUUCAGUGCUGACCGCUCUUUGGCUGGUGCCAUUCGUACCAGCAUCUUUUGGCGAAAGUACUUCACCGAUAUCCUUCCCGAAUCCUCGUGUGGAGGACUCAUUGCCGUAUUGUCCAACACGCAUAACCAAACAUUCAGCUAUCGAAUCGAAGGUGCUAAAGCGACCUUCUUGGGUCCCGGUGAUCAUCACGACCCACGUUUUGAAGACAUGGGAUUGAUUCAGGAUGUUAAGAAGGAUCUGAAGCAAACCUCUGCCCUGGAGAAGACAUCCUUUACACAAGCUGAUCUAAACACUGACUACUGUGGGUAUACGCUGGCCCUCUACCCUUCACAAGAAUUCCAAGACCAAUUCCAUUCCACUGGACCUAUCAUCUUUUCAUUGGUAGUUGUGGCAGUAUUCAUUGUUACAGCUGCCAUCUUCAUUACUUAUGACUUUCUCGUUGAGAAAAGGCAGUCUGUGGUGAUGAAUAGGGCUAUGGCUUCAGGAGCCAUCGUGGCCUCACUCUUCCCCGAACAUGUCAAGGAUCAACUGAUCGAAGAGAAGCAAACCAAGCAAAGCCUCCCCAUCUCCCCUGUUGCCAAGGUCGUCAGUCAAGCUUCUUUGAUGACCAACUUGACCAAUAGCACCUGGAGUGCAAGCAACGAUGAGUCUCGGCGUUCUUCUUACUGCAGUUCCGCAGAUCCAUCGAUGCAUUCAUCAUUGCAAGGUUCCCCUCUGAUUGCUGAUCUUUACAAGGAAGCCAGUGUCCUCUUUUGUGACUUGGUAGGGUUCACGGCGUGGAGCUCCAGUCGCAAGCCUGAAGAGGUCUUUCAGCUGCUGGAAGCGAUCUUUGGAGCAUUUGACCAGGCAGCAGAAAAGCGACGCGUCUACAAGAUUGAAACAAUUGGAGAUUGCUACGUCGCAGCUACAGGUGUUCCAAAGCCCCAAGUGGAACAUGCUGUGAUUCUCUGUAGGUUUGCCCAAGAGUGCCAAGCCAUUCUGAAGAGGGUCACGAUGCAACUCGUUGAAACUCUCGGUGAAGACACCGCUAAUCUUCAAGCACGCAUUGGCAUUCAUUCUGGCCCAGUCACCGGUGGUGUCUUGCGGGCGAAUCGAGGUCAACGUUUCCAGCUGUUUGGGGAUACAAUGAAUGUUACGAGCCGUUGCGAAACCAACGGAUCCCCAGGUAGAAUCCAGGUGACACAGGCUACGGCGGAUCUUCUCACCGCCCGGGGCAAAUCAUCUUGGUUGACCAAGAGGGAGGAUCUGGUUCAAGCCAAGGGCAAGGGGGCAAUGCAGUGUUAUUGGGUAUCUCCCUCUGGUCCAGGUACCGUGACAACGCUCAGCACAUACGAUACCAGUACACAUGAGGGCAGCGCCGCCUUUGGUUGUGAUCGUUCGGUUGCGUCAAAGCGAGAUAGCAUUUCCUUGUAA